CGCAAUACCAACUAUCACCACAACCCCAGCUUCUAUCCCUAUUCCUUUCACUUUACCUUGCAGGUAUGGUUCCGACCACCAUUGUGCCGCCGGAACUUUCACCAACUCGAUGUCUAUCUCAUUCUUGAGUCAACCUCGUCCUGCUGGGUCCACUCUCCGCAUGUAGUGUGGGACAAUCAAUCAUAGAUGGCGAUGAACGACACUAUUGAGGUAUUCGUACCUCGGCGGUCUCAAAAUGGGCGUAAUUCAAGGCAGCUCACGGUAGAUGAGGCCAUACAAUACACCCCCAUGACCACCUCAAUUCUGCCUGCGCAUGAUCGCAUUCCUAUACCACAACUACGGCGCGUCCAAGAUGCACGGCUCACGAAUUCUGCCGAAAGAGCGUCUGCGUACCGAAGUGAUCUCUAUACGGCUGGAGCAAAAGAACGCCUGGCUGUCCUACUUGAUCCGAGUAGACUUUCAGAAAUAAAAUUCAAACGGCCUCCGGUACAGAAUGACGCCCCAGCUGAGAUAGAUCUGAACCCUGUCCAAAAGAUGGUCAUGGGUUUGACGAAGAUUGACUAUACCUACCCCUCUACCAAACCUCUAAAGUCGCCCGUGAAAAGGUCCACCGCUAAGACAUCUCCUUCGAAGCCAAUCACCUCUGGUGUUGUCGUUGAGGUCCCUCAGCCGCCUUUGUCGUUUCGUCGACAGGACUAUGUCACCAUGCCUGGAUCUCCCAAGAGACAAAAGCUGAGUGGUUCUCAGAUCAACGGCAAGGUCUCUCUGGCGGCCAAAUCUAAGAAAGAGAAAGAAGACAUGCUCUUGAAUAACUUUGAGAAUUUUCUGUCAGAGAUCUUUGAGGCUCAAGAUCGGCUGACCCCAGACACGUCAGCGUCGACGGCAGCGAGAAGCUCCAUUUUCGAAUUGCCGGACGAUGAAGAUGAAUUCGAGCCUCGUCUUUCCACUCGGACACAGGAAAAGCUGCAGAGCAUUCUGAGCCAACUCGUUUCUGUCGGUCGUCUAAUGGAUGCGCCCCUGGAAUAUCUUCAACGACUCCAGCGGAUUUGUGACCCUGCCAUCGAGGCAGCGCAAACUGUCAAUCUUCGAUUACCCCAAGAUCCUUCAGAUGACGACAUAGCAACGUGGUUGACCAAACUCCACAAGGGGGAGAUAGGAGCCGUCUCUGCUUGCACCUUGAUUUACACCGUGCUUGGUGCUUCGCAGCAUCAGGACCUUGUGAACCUUGAGGUGCUGCAAUGGCUUCCCAAUGUGCUGGUCAACCUGUUCGAGAACUGCUUGAUCCUUGUUGUUGAGGCUCGGCCGGAGGCACAGGACGGUAAGCUGUUUCGUAUUGCGUCAGAGAAUAGUGAAAUUCUGAAGAGGCUACUCGAUGUUGGCCGAAAGCUCCUCGAUCUCGUGGCAAAAGUAUGCAUUCAGAUCAAAGGUGCUGGAUCUAUUGUCAACUCGACCGAGUUUCUUGCUGCCAAGCUUCUAUUCGUGCAGAAUGCCUACAAUGAUAAGGCGUCGGCGAUCGGUUCACAAGCUUACGAGCGUUUGAGAAAGCAGGCCAUGGCAGCCCUUGCGAAGCUAUAUGCAGCAUUUCCUGGCGAAAGAGGACCAAUUCUCGAUGAGGUCUUGACCUCUUUAGACAAACUGCCUUCAAACAGUCGAAGUGCGAGGCAGUACAAGUUGGGAUCUGGCAAGAAUAUCCAACUUGUCUCUGCAUUGUUCAUGCUACUAGUCCAGACGCCGGCUACGCAGUCAGGAAAAGCUGCGCCACACAAGAAGCAUCGUGCACGGCGCAACCUGUCGCAAGAUCCUGAAAGUUCAGACGAUGAGCAUGAAGAAAGUGAUAUGGAGGUCGAGGCCUCCAAUCACCUUGAACAAGAUCCCGUCUCACGCCUAAGUCGGACUGCAGACGCGCUCUUCGAGGACGCUUUCAAAAGUGCGCAGCAUAUCGUGGGUUGGAUGGUUGACAAAGCUUCGAAAGUCACCAAGACCGGGGAUUCACCCUACCGCAACAUCCUUGACUUAUUUGUUGAAGAUUUGACAAUAGUGCUUCCAUCAACAGAUUGGCCCGCAUCAGAGUUGUUGCUCACAGUUUUGGCUAUGCGUAUGAUUUCCCUGGCCAGGAACGACAAGGCUGCAUCGAUCAAGAACAUGGCUCUGGAGUGUCUCGGAGUUAUGGGCUCUGCGAUCUCUGUGACAAGAGCAUCCGCACGGGGCCUCUUAUCGGCCAUUGUACGCGAUGGAGACUCGGGUUCCUCGAUCGGGCAGAAACUUGCUGAGAUCGUCAAAGAUCAUGCACAUUUCCGCAUCGAGCCUGCUGAAAUGAUCUCACCAGAUGGUCCUUUCUGGAUUGUUCACUCAUACAUGAGUGCCCAGAAAGGGGAAGGCCUGAGAACGAAGUCUGCCAAGUCAUAUUUUCUCGUGCAAUAUGCCACGUUUAUAUCUCGGACACUGCGUGGGCCACAAGACGCCGAGUAUGACAAUGAACUCGAGUCGAGGCUUGCAGGCGUGGUUUCCCUCAUCGCACAUCAGCUCUCGGAGCCAGACGAGGUUCACGAGGCCGUGAAUGAUCAUCUGAACGUCACCCAGCGAGGCGCACAAUUGGCUUACCUGUUGACCAUUCUCAACAUGCGUUUCUGUCGGCAUUUCGCCGGAAUUGCUAAGACACUUGCCUCAUCUCUUUCGAGCGACCAGGCUCAGGUCCGAAGUCGCAGCUUGAAGAGUGUAGUGACCAUUCUCGAAACGGAUGCGAGCCUCCUGGACUGGGACCCCACGAUCGCAGAUGAUGUCUUCAAAUGUGCGUCGGACGAUUCUUCACUUGUACGAGAUUCGGCCUUGUCUCUGAUUGCCAAGUUCAUCAUGCCUCGACCAGCACUCGAGGAGAAGGCGUUUAAGCGACUGCUGAAGUGUGCCGUGGAUUCCAAUGUGGGAGUGCAAAAGCGAGCCAUGGGCCAUCUCAAGGAUGUUUACUUGAGGGAGUCAAGGCAAGGUAUGAAGGUGACGAUCGCCGUCGAGUUUCUUCGACGAACGGCCGACCUGGAAGCUUCAGUGGCCGACCUGGCCAAGAAAACCUUGUCUGAAAUCUGGAUUCAGCCCAAGCUGACCCUUCUUGCCAAUACAAAUGAGUCAGCUCAUGUUGAGGUUGCCAUUGAAGACUUCAAAGCACAUAUUGUCGCCUGUAUUAGCAACGAUACUGAAUCGAUGGCUGCGCUGCUGAAGAGUUUCCUGGUAUGGAGACUCAAAGAUUCCAAGAAUGUGGAUACAGUGCACGAUCUCUAUGCACGUAUCGUGAAGAAGCUUCUGGACGAUGCAAACGGGUCCGAGGCAGGUCCGGCGGAGUUGACGACACUUGUUUCAUUUGCGGAGGCCCGACCACAAACAGUGGUGGCUGCUGAUCUGACCAGUCUAAAGAGCUACUUGAAGGAUCUUUCUAAGUCGGAUAACAUUCUAAAGUUCAAAUCUGUGGUUGCGAUCUUCCGGAGUGUGCUUCCAAAUUUGUCCAAGACGCAAGAACCCCUUUUGCUGGAGGUGCAACUGGACCUUAUGAAAGCCGCCAAAAGUCUUGCUCGUCGUCAAGAGCUGGAGGAGGUCAUGUCUUGCCUGAGAAGCAUUGAUGGCGUCUUACACAACACUGGCAAAAUCAUUGUAUUCACGAAAUCAGUCCUGCAGAAUGUCCUCAGUCCUAGUAUCGCUCCUGGUCUCCGAGAGAAACUGAUGAGAGAGAACAAGAUGCAGGAACUUCAGACCAGAGAGAACAAAGUGAGAGAACAAUCCCUGCGACUUGCUGGAGUGGUUGCAAAGCACAUUGAUCUUGAAGGCUAUCGCGGGACGUUUCAGAGAGAUUUCCCAACGUUUACCGCUGGGUCGUCAGUCGCAGGCUUUAUUGCUGACAGCAUCGUCCCGUUUACUCUGCAGAGGGCGCCUAUCGAGAUACGACUGAAAGCAUUGGAAAGCUUGGGAUUGAUCUGUCAGGCUUGGCCCGGACAAUUCAAUAAGAAACACGUUCGUGAGACGUUUUUCCAAGUCUUGGAAGGCACCUCAUUUGCUUCUCUGAGUGAGAAUGAUGUCUUGAAGAUGCAAGUCAUGGUUCUUGGGGUCUUCGAUGAACUCUAUGCCAAGCGCGCCAACGAGAAAGAGAAUCCCACCAAAGGUGAAGCAAACGGCGAAGUUCAGGCGCUAAAGAACAUUGGUGGCGACAGCAAGACUCGCGAGGAUGAUAGUGCCAUUUCUAUCAUCACCAACCCUUUGGUCGACCACCUGCUUCGAAUUGUCAUGUCGGAGAGUGGUGAAAAGGCUCUGCUUGCAGCUCAGACACUGGCUAGCAUUGAUCACAAAGGAAUGACGCAUCCAAAACAGACCACGGCGGCUUUUGUGGCUUUGGAAAGCAGCACUGAUCCGAGGGUUUCUCACGUUGCCAGGAUUGCCCACGAACAUCUUCACCAACAGCAUGAGUCUGUUUGUGAAAGGGAAUACAUCAAUGCAGUGAUCGAAGCCUUCAAAUACCAGAACGAGGUUUUCAAGGAUCCUACCGGUGGCACUAUGCCGGGCUACAAGGCUAAACUUGCACCGGCGUUCACCAUUAUCAGCACCAGCGGUUCAAAGUAUGUCAAGAAGUUCCUGAGCAAUUUGAUCUCAAAACUCAAUACCGAAUACUUGAAAUUAAGUGUUGAGGAAGGAGCAAUUCCUGAGCAUGUCCUUUUUGUUCUAUUCGUCACCCAGAACCUUGCGUUUUUCGAGUACAAGAAGAUGGAUGAACUCCUACACACCGUGUUGCAACUAGAAUUGGCGUUUGGUAAGAACGGUGGUGAGCUUGCGCAGGCCAUAGAGUCCAACUUUCAGCAAGUUCUGGUCCCUCAACCGAUUGAUGCUGUGACAGGCGAGGCGGCACCCGCGUGCCAACCUACUGCCAUGUCCCAGGUUGAUCCGGGGAUGUUGAAAAGAUUGGCUGCGGCUGCGUGCGCGAUCACUCUGAUAUCCGAGGCCAGGAACUACCUGAAGAGACAGUACGGCGUUUCUCGGGAUGUCAAAAUGGCAAUGCUACAGAACAAGCAGACCAAGGAAUCCACCAAAGAACCUGUCAAGGUCCACGGCAUCACGGGAGAAAGAUAUUGGACGACGAGCAAGUCGGUGCUGGAAUCCCUCAGCGACACAGACGGCAUGAUACAGCGAUGCAAAGACUUUGUGACCCUUGUGGCAGUCGAUGAUGAAGUGAAGAUUGCUGAAGAAGAGGAAGAGAUGUCGAUGAUGGCCAUGGCUCCUGAGCAGCCGAUGAGCGCACCUCGAGGUCGGAAGCGCAAGAGUAUCAAUGGAUCUGUUGGUGGGACGCCAAAGAAACCUCGAGGUCGACCACCAAAAACGCCAACUGCACGACGGUCUUCGAGUGUGUCAUCGAUGGACGACGAUCCUGAUGGCGACUUUGCUGGUUGAGGCGGUAAUACUUGGAGGUGUCACUCACAUCUUGGGGCCCAUAGGGGCCGCGACACAAUCUGGGCUCAGGCGUUUAAUGAUGGAAUGAACCAAAAGAGAUAAGCAGGUAUUCUGAAGGGACCCUCGUCUGCUACAUCAUGAGGCUGAGGCUGUUUGUUAGUGAUUUGAUACAAUGAUACCCCACAUAGUUAUUGACUGGCCGUUACGGGACUGAGAAUUCAAAACAAUGUUAUGCUCGUUUUAUACUUGUAAGGAAUGAUAUCGAGAUCA